ACUUCCAUCCUCCAUUAACUCUUGCUUCUUCUAAUCCACUACACUCUGCUUACUCUUUUCAUUUCCCAUACAAAUUUAUCAGCUUUUUGUUUCCCCUUGUGUCAACCCUUGUUGCUCUCUCAAGGGGUGCCUUUAGCUUAGUGUUUCUUAUUUUAAUUCCCAUCUCUGUUUAAUUCCUGGGAUUGUUGGUGGGUGUCUCUAAAAACAUGUGGGGUUUUAUUCUCUGCCUCUCUUUUGUGGCCAUUUCGUGAUUGUUCUUAAUCUGCAACCGUGAUUUCUGGGAUGGGUAUCUCCUUGUAUUCCCUCAUCAGGAACAUAAUGGGGCAUGGUUUUUAUUUAUAGUUUUCUUUGGUUUUGGGGGGCUUUUGAGUUUUUCAGUGUACUUCAGAUGUGUGAUGGGGAAAAGGGUAUGGAUUUCCUUGAUUAAUAGAUGGUAGUAGCUGAGUUCUUGGUUUGUAGGAGAGAAAGAUGGGAUCUGGGAAUGUGUUUUUCUCAGCUCAAGAGUUCAGUUUGGAUGACAAGUGGUUGGUCGAUCCUAAGCUGCUUUUUGUAGGGCCAAAGAUUGGAGAGAGUUCCCACGCCAAAGUCUAUGAAGGAAAAUACAAAAAUCAAAAUGUUGCCAUUAAACUUGUUCGUAGAGGGGAAACACCAGAAGAAAUUGCCAGGAGAGAAGCUCGGUUUGCAAGAGAGGUUGCUAUGCUAUCUAGAGUUCAGCACAAAAAUCUAGUUAAGUUUAUUGGUGCUUGCAAGGAACCUAUGAUGGUGAUAGUAACUGAGCUCCUACUAGGUGGGACUUUGCGUAAGUACCUGCUAAAUAUGCGACCAAGGCGCUUGGAUCUGCCUGUGGCCAUUGGAUUUGCACUUGACAUAGCUCGUGCAAUGGAGUGCUUACAUUCUCAUGGGAUCAUUCACCGUGACUUGAAGCCUGAGAACUUGAUCUUGACUGCAGAUCAUAGAACAGUGAAAUUAGCAGAUUUUGGUUUAGCCAGAGAAGAGUCUCUUACAGAGAUGAUGACUGCUGAAACUGGGACAUAUCGUUGGAUGGCUCCAGAGCUUUAUAGCACAGUUACAUUAAGGCAUGGAGAGAAAAAGCAUUACAAUCAUAAGGUGGAUGCCUACAGCUUUGCUAUUGUAUUGUGGGAACUCAUCCAUAAUAAGUUGCCUUUUGAAGGGAUGUCAAAUUUACAAGCAGCCUAUGCAGCUGCUUUUAAGAAUGUCAGGCCUAGUGCAGAUGACCUUCCAGAGGACUUGGCAUCAAUUGUGACUUCAUGCUGGCAAGAGGAUCCAAACUCUCGCCCUAACUUCACCCAAAUCAUCCAGACGCUUCUGAAUUAUCUCUCUACCAUUUCCCCACCAGAACCGGCAAUCCCUCCUCAGAUAAUGACAUCCAAGAAUGCUAUACUGCCACCUGAAUCUCCUGGCACAAGUUCAUUGAUGACUGCUUCAAGAGACAGGUCAAGAGAAACACGUAACGCCCCAAUGGAAGACAAACCAAGAGGUUUCUUCUUCUGCUUUAAGCAGUGUUACUGAUUCUUCCAUGGUACAAUUCUGUCAUCUAGGUAUCACAUUAUUUUUAGAAGAAUCCAAUAAAGUCAUAGUCCUGCAUAUCACAAAAACACGACCCCAUAAGAAAUGUCACUCUAGUUAGAUGGGUUAGAAGUAAGUAUAAGAAAUGUCACUCUAAUUAGAUGAGUUAGACAUAAGCUGCUAUGUGUUGGUUAACCUUGAAUGUAUCUGCUGAUCAAAAGGGGAAAAAAGGACCUUGCAUGUAUCUUGACAAAUAAAUUGUAUUCUGCUCUAAUUUUAGAUCCAUUCUUGGGAACUUUGGAGUUGGGGUUGCUGUCAUGCAAUGUCCAUUGUAAAUAAGGUUCCCAUCCAAAGUCCUCUGCU